GCGCAUGUGCAUGAACCUUCCAGCAAGUUCUUCCGGGCUGCAGUGUGUGGCCUGUAGUUGUGAUUGUUUCUUUUUUUAAGGUUCCGAGAGUUGUUUCUGGGGAAUCUUGAGAUUGAAUCUGUUAGGUAAGCUAUGGUUCAGUUGCACGUCAAGCAAGGUAACGAGAGCCAGUUUUUGCUUGAUACUACAGUAAAUGUUGCAGUGGAUGUCCUAACCGAGCUGGUAGCUGCUAUUUAUAAUGGAAGGCUCAAAGUUGACAGGAUUUGUUCAGAAAUGGGUGAAUUGGCAGAACAUGGCACAUUCCUUCCUAUUAAUAUGCAAGGAUUGACAGAUGAGCAGAUAGAGGAACUGAAACUGAAGGAUGAGUGGGCAGAAAAAUGUAUUCCUAGUGGAGGAUUUGAAUUUAAAAAGGAUGAAAUAGGACGAAGAAGUGGACGUGCUCCUAAACAGUCGAUGAAAGAAGUUUUAAAAAAGACCAUAGAAGAAGCUAAAGCAUUGAUAACAAAGAAACAAGUUCAGGCCAGUGUAUGUGUGACAAUGGAGAUGGUAAAGGAUGCACUUGACCAAUUGCGAGGAGCUGUUAUGAUUGUUUAUCCCAUGGGGCUGCCACCACAUGAUCCAAUCCGAGAGGAGUUUGAAGGGAAAGAAGACCUUUCAGGAUUACAAGCUGGGAAGUUGGUGAUUGAGGAGUCUGAGGCUCAGCUGUGGUGGGCAGGAAAAGAGUUGCAGAGAGGCAAGAAACUUUCUGACUAUGUAGGCAAGAAUGAAAAAACUAAAAUUGUUGUAAAGAUCCAAAAACGAGGUCAAGGAGCUCCAGCUAGAGAGCCAGUUAUCAGUGAAGAUGAGCAGAAGCAAAUGAUGAUGCACUAUUACAGACGACAAGAGGAACUCAAGAAACUUAAUGAAAAUGAUGAUGAAUCAUAUCUUGACUCAGAUUGGUCGGACAGGUAUGCUCUGAAAAGACAGUUUCAGGGUGUAAAAGACAUCAAGUGGGGUCCUAGAAAAUAGUGACAAUCAACUCCAGUGGCAUCCCUCCUUGCAUUUCCAGCCACAAGAACACUGUGGCUUCAGUAAUUGGGUGUUUGUUAUUGGGAAAUCACUGACUCUUCUCAAUGAAAAAUUCCUCCGCUUUAUGACUUAAGCCUUGUUCAACUCCUAAAACAAAUAGAAAGCUUUGGAUAACCUGUAGAUUUUCAGAGGAAUGCUAUCAGUGACUGAACCAUAUAUGGCAUUAGGAGUUCUGUAGCCCUGUUUUACAUUUUCUUUUUAGAAUUCUGAAACACUUCUUGUAUUCAUGUUAAAUAAAUAUUUAUUUUCCAA